UGCCACGCCACAAGCAGAACACCCAGCAGUCGAGCGUCUGUAGUGUUGUGAUUCGGAACGAUCCGUACGUCUGUCUGUACGCUGAUUCUGUUCUCUCGUCUUACUUUCUCUGAAACGUUGCGUACCGUGCGCAUACCCUAAGUAGGUACGUACUUUUUUUCGAUUGAACAUAAUCGCCACAAACUUCUGCAUACCUUCCUACCUGCCUGCUGCUCGCUAUCCAUCCCGUUAAACGAGUAGUUUCGUACGUCUUCCUCAUUCGAUUACAAUUACGAAAAUAGUCUUGACGAUCUAUCUCGUCGUGUCAAGUCAGUUCGUUGUUGUGUUGUUAUUAUUAUUAUUAUAGUAUUAAUCCGAUGGGCGCCAAGAACACUCGACGACCUAGACAACAACAACAACGUCUGUGUUGUAGUCUUUCCGUGGCCGGAUAAGCAGCGACCAAAACGUGCGUUUUACUGCUACGGUAACGUCUGCACACGCAUUAAUUUGUGCGUGCGUACGUGCAUGGAGAAAUACAAGCGGCACGUCCUUCUCUGUCGCGACUGACUCGGCUGCUGGACUAGGGACGAAGGUUUUGCGGUUCGUGCGUAGUGUGCGAUCUUUUUUGUGGUUAUUAUUAAUACAAUAAAACGACGGACAUAGGCAGGCAUGUUGCUGAUGCUGGUCGGGAAAUAGUGCUGUUGCAUCUGGUGACGAUGUAUUCGGUGUGAGCCAAGGAACUUGACUUGUUUUAUGCCAAAAUGCUGGACUCCGUGCCAGUUGUUAUUGGAGAAAUGCGAAGAUGUUACUGUGAGGGCCAUUGUCCAAACGAAGAGCCAACGGGUACGUGUGAAAUAAAACAGGGUGGGCAAUGUUUUGCUGCCACGGUCGAGGUCUGGGAUCCGGAUACAAACACAUACGAACCGGAAGUGACGUACGGAUGUUUUCCUGCAGACGAACGGGGCUUAUUGCAAUGCAAAGGUUACCUGGUACCACACCUUCAAAGCAAAUCGAUAGCUUGCUGCAACGAUUAUGACCACUGCAACAAAAAUCUGACGCCUCAAUACGAAGAAAGGACUACAACAGAAGUACCGUCGAUCCUUAAACAGUCUGACAGUCUCCCGUAUAUUGUUUGUCUAGCGUCAGUGACAGUGUGUAUAGCAAUAUUCCUAUUAAUAAUCGCGUUCGUUUUUGUUCGUUAUCGUCGAAAAGAGGAACAGAGAAAACAUUAUGGUGGCAAGCGGUACCCCGAGAAGUACAAUAACAUUGACAUGUUACCGAACAGCACGCUUGCGCAGUUUAUCGAACAGUCAAGUGGCUCCGGAUCGGGACUUCCCCUUCUUGUACAGAGAACCAUCGCGAAACAAAUACAGAUGGUGCACUCUAUAGGAAAAGGCCGGUACGGCGAGGUUUGGUUGGGUCGAUGGUGGGGCGAGAAAGUUGCCGUCAAGGUGUUCUUUACCACAGAGGAACAGUCCUGGUUUCGAGAAACCGAAAUCUAUCAAACCGUACUAAUGAGGCAUGAUAACAUCCUUGGGUUCAUUGCCGCUGACAUUAAAGGAACCGGCUCUUGGACACAGAUGCUUCUAAUCACGCAGUAUCACGAGAACGGAUCGCUUUACGACUACCUCCAGGACCAUGUCCUCGAUCCAUCUUCGCUGCUAGUAAUGGCAUCGUCGAUUGCUGCUGGUUUGUCACAUCUCCAUACCGAAAUUUUUGGUACGAAAGGAAAACCGGCGAUUGCUCAUCGAGACAUCAAGAGUAAAAACGUUCUCGUGAAACGCAACGGCGAAUGCGCGAUCGCAGAUUUCGGACUCGCCGUUAAAUAUUUGAGUGACACCAAUGAAAUUGACGUCCCUCCCAACGAGAGGAGUGGUACCAAGAGGUACAUGGCUCCAGAAGUGCUCGAUAAUUCUAUAAAUAUUAACAGCUUCGAAGCGCAUAAGAUGGCUGAUAUGUAUUCUCUUGGUCUUGUUUUGUGGGAAAUGGCACGAAGGUGUAUUACAGGUGAUAAAAUCACCAGCGCGGACGAGUACGCUCUUCCUUACCAUGAUUGCGUUCCAAGCGAUCCCAGCUUUGAAGAUAUGCUUCAGGUGGUAUCUGUUAAGAAAAUCAGACCUCAGGUACCUCUUCGAUGGGAUACGGAGGAUGUCCUGCAAGCCAUGUCCAAAAUAAUGCAGGAAUGUUGGCAUGCUAACCCUUCUGUACGGUUAACUGCCCUGCGAGUAAAGAAAUCGCUGGGAAAACUUAAUUUAGACACGAGCAUAAAAAUUGUUUAGUGCCUAAGUUUUAUUUUGUUGAAGUCACUUAUGUAAAAAUGAUUAUUAAAGAUGACACUGCU